AAUGUUUAGGAUAAAUAAUUAACCCGGAGCUGGCUUGACUUGAGCCCAACGUUGCUUAACCCAACUGAUUUCCACGAGAAGGAGAAGCCAUCCGGUCCCUUCUCUUAUCCGCCCCUUCACUCAACGCAUCUCCGGACCCAACAAAAAGCGCGACCUAGCAGAUCGAUCCCUUAUCCAUGGAGUCCGUCGCUUCCAACUCGCCCUCUUCGCCGCCGCCGCCGCAUGCCCAUUCCCUUCCCCUCACCCACGUCGGCGAGCGCAUCCUCCGCGCGUUCGACCACCCACUCCGCCUCCUUCACCGCUCUGGCGCUGACUUUUUCGUCCUCGGCUCCACCGGCAACGUCUACCAGGUCACCCUCGCCGGCGCGCCUUCCUGCUCCUGCCCCGACCGCGUCGUCCCCUGCAAGCACAUCCUCUUCGUCCUCCUACGCGCCCUCGGCCUCCCCCUUGACGCCCCUUGCCUCUGGCGCCCCGCCAUCCUCCCCGACGAGCUCGCCCGCCUCUUAGCCACACCCACCGCCGCGGCCGCCGGCGUCUUGGCCGGCGCCCGCGCGCGCGAGCGCUUCCAGCAGUUACGAGGCGGAGAGCGGAGCGCGGGGGCGGACGAGAGGGCGGAGGUGGAAGAGGAGGAGGGGACGGUAUGCCCCGUGUGCUUGGAUGAGAUGGGCAGGGGAGAUAAUCAGGGGUUGGUGAGGUGCGGGAGGUGCGGGAACGCGUUGCACGAGGAGUGCUGGGCGAGGUGGAGGCGGAGUCGAGGGCGGAGGAUGGCGAUCUGCGUGAUGUGCAGGGCGCGGUGGCGGAGGAGGGUCAGGGAGCAGGAUGCGUACGUUAACCUGUCGUCGUACGUGACCGAGGGCGAGUACACGGCGGCGGAGGAUGCAUCAUGCACUGGAUAAUACCAAAUAUAAUGGGCUUAGGCUUGGGCUUGUACUUGUUCUUGGGCCUGUACUUGUACUUGGGCUUUGUAUAUAUAUAUUAAUCACCUUAUAUACGUAGUGUGUGAUUAAUUCGGCCUAUCAAAUUUAAUUGUAAUUAUAUCAGAUCAUCAAUCAAUGUUCGAAUACAUAGAAUUGAUAUGAUUGUAGAAAAAAACAAAAUCAUCAC